UCGUGCGCUCCUGCAUGCAAUAAUUGGAAAUUCGCAUUUGUAACCGGUUUAAUCAGCUCGCUUAAUCACAAUGGCCGUCGAACCCGCUCCCACGUCUUCUCCCGUGGCCACUUCCGAACUGACCAAGAUAGCCACCGAGGCCUGCGAUUUCGCCCUCAAAGAUGUAACGGAAUACGAUCACUCCCGGGUCGCAGACUGGAACUCGCACAUCAUUAACACUAUCCUCAAAGCCCUCAUCAGCGCCACGGCUCCCUCCACCGCCUCUUCUUCUCCCCCCUACCGCUUCGUCGUGAACAGCACCAUCGUCCAACAGGGCCUGAUCGACAAGUCCGCUGCGGCAGACGGCACCGCCGCCAAUGCCGGCAAGCGCGGAAUGCACUCCGCCUCCGGUGCCUUCUGGGACGUCAAUCGGGAUGGAAUGUGGACGUUCAAAUACCCCGGUGCCGAGGAGAGGGGCCUGGACGUUGUUGUCAGUGUGACGUGGUUUGCACUGGGUUAAACCGCCAGUCUCGCAAUAUAGGAGUGGAGGAGCACUUCCACGAGGGUGAUACAUCCUGACAUUUAUAAAGGUUCAUAUUGGUUAUCAGCCAGCGAGAGCUAUCGCGCGUUGAUUGGUUAUAUCAAUUGGAGCGGGGUUGGCACCGUGUUCUGGUUUACUUUCUUCUGGAAAUUGCGAGUUUGAUUCUCUGUUUUGAAGCCGUGAUUCUUGUUGUGCUGAGAGAAUGGAGAAUGAUACCAUGGUCUUGUUGUAAUAAUUGAAUUUUGAGGAUAUAUUUCUACAGAUGUAGCAGAUUUUCCUCCAAGUAUCGAAUAAAC